AUGCAUCACGAGGACUUUCCGCCAAAGUUCUUCACCAUCAUCCAACAACUGUAUGAAGAUGUCACCUGUCACGUUAUGCAUGACGGGAAGUUGAUGGAACCAUUCUCUGUGCAAACUGGUGUUCGUCAGGGUUGCCUACUGUCGCCGACGAUCUUCCUGCUGGUAUUCGACUGGAUAAUGCGACAGACCACGACAGGCAUGAAGCAGCUAGAGGGAACGCGCUCAAAGUGGUGUAACACAACUACUAAUAAUCGCUUAAACUUUGAAACUAACAAUAACCAUGAUUUUUUGAAUUCGAUAUCCCAACUAUUCUAUCUAUCUAUCUAUCUAUCUAUCUAUCUAUCUAUCUAUCUAUGUUUUAUUUUUCCUCAUUCAUUAUUUGAAGGGAAUUAUUUUCCUUUUUCUUACUUUUAUUUCUUUCUUCGAUUAUUUCCGUUUUCCGCUUAUCGUUUUUUUUCUUUUUCUCUUUUUCUUUUCCAUCAUAUCGGUUCUCCGUUUCUUUUCUAUGUCUUUUUCCCUUACCUGCGUAACUAUCUUUUGUUCUCAUCAUGA